GCAAUAAGUACUGUGAACAGUUUGACUUUGACGAGAUCAGCAACCUGCUGGGGAUGGAGAAAGGCUCCACAAUUCCUGGCAAAGAUGCUCACCAGGAGCAGCCCAAGUCCCGCUUCCUGCCACAUUUUCUACAAGGUGUUGACUGGCAGUAUCACAUUUGGAAGUGGGGGGUCAUUUUUACUGACAAUUCUUUCUUAUAUCUGCUGUGUUUCUGCCUGUUCUCCGUCCUUGGGAAUUUUAACUAUUUCUUCUUUGCCGCCCAUCUGUUGGAUUUAGCCAUUGGCAUUAAGGCUCUCAGCACCAUCCUGCAGUCAGUAACUCACAAUGGGAAGCAGUUGGUGCUCACGGUGAUGUUGACUAUCGUGGUUGUGUACGUGUAUACUGUGAUAGCGUUCAACUUCUUCCGUCAAUUCUACGCGAAAGAAGAGGAUGGAGAAAAGGAUUACAAGUGUCAGGACAUGUUGACGUGUUUCAUCUUCCACUUGUAUGUGGGGGUCCGUGCUGGAGGUGGCAUUGGUGAUGAGAUCGAGGCCCCAGAUGGCGACCCAUACGAAGUGUACCGUAUCCUGUUUGACAUCACUUUCUUCUUCUUUGUUAUUGUCAUUCUGCUGGCUAUCAUGCAAG